CGGCUACAGUACAGUAAAGUUUGUAUCCGUAGACUACCAUACAGUAGACUUUCUUUGUGUUCAGCUAUGGAACGGACCUGAAAACCCAUUCCUUCUUCCCCCCGUAAAAUAAAAAGAGUCAAUUGUGCACUCUCUGCCUUGAUUCCUUCUUUGCGCAGCCUGUUGCGCUUUCUUGGAAAGCUCGUUGCAGCUCGAGUAACAUCACUUUACCAGAUACUUACUUGGUUGCUUGCUCGGAGACUCCGUCCAUCUCUUUUCCCUCAUCAACUCUCCCUCUCCCUCUCUCUUUUGACCUUGUCCAGAAAAGAAACAAAUUCCAGCUCGUCUCAGUUUUGGUCGCUCAUCUCAAAUUUCAAUCCCAACUGAGCACAGUCCAGUCCGAGGAGCCUGUCCCGCUGCCCAAUCCUUCGUCUCAUCGCGAUUCUUGGUUGCUUGGGCCGUUUUGAUCAUCGCGUCGCAUCGUCUGUACGACUUUCUCGGCGCUGCAUCGUGACAUUGGCAUGCUCGGCAUUCCCUCUUUUUUCUCGAGUAUAGAGAUAAGUACAGCUUACGUCUGGUCGCAUCUGUGAGCUUGUGUCUUAUUUAUUGCCUUCUCUUGUUUGUUCACCUUUUUGCAUCAAACAAUAGUUUCUUGUGAUAAAAGUCGCCUAUUACUCGACUGUUGAUUGCAGUACCACUGUUCCACUAUGGAUCCCUCGAGACGGGAGAGCUCGACGACUGGGCAUCAACUUGGCGACUCGUCUGGCAAUGCAUCUCCGUCGGAUACGCGUCAUCCGCUUGCCCAGGCCGAAUCUGCCGUUCUUCGCGAAGCAGAGGGCUUGUCAGAAAGCUUCCAGUCCACUGACACUGUGCGGCGGAGACCGGAGGGUUAUGGCUCGAUAAGCGGUCCAGCUGCUUCAGGUUCAGCUCAACGAUCAAAAGAGACGUCCCAAGAGCGCAGCUCGGCUCGCGCUACCCAAUCUUCACGUCCUGCAAGAGGCCCGGAGCGAAUGCGAUCUGCCACUCGACUACGAAAGCCACCAAUGCCUCGACGCCCAUCCUCGAACACGCCUUAUCGCGGCGGUGUUUUCUCGGCCGAUGACGAUGUACAUGAGGUAGAGGCCGAUGCCGCCGAACGUCAACAAUCAUAUCGUCGACGACCACAGCUCUCGACCCAACUCUCUCGAGUUCAAUCGCGCACGAACGAAGAUGAAGAAAAUGAAGACACCAACGAUGAUAAUGGCGAAUCGACCGAGAGCCCUGCUGAAGCACAAGGAGAUGAAGAAGAGACUACACCAGUCGAGGGCCAGGACGACUCAGAUAGCGACGUCAGUGAAGCCGAGAGCUUCACCCUCAAGGACAGACAGCAAGCCAUCAACCAGACUCACCCCUUCGGUAUUCGUGUAUGGAAGCCAGCAUUGUACAAGAAGGAUCGGUCAAUUCAGAAGUUUGCACAGGCAGACAUUCAUUCAGCGCCUGGUGGAAGAGUGAGCAGCUGGCUUCUAGCUUUCAAUCUGCUCUGGACCCUUCUGUUUGGUUGGUGGUUGGCUUCGUUUGCAGCUAUUGGGGCCAUCGUAUGCCUGCUCUUUUCUGCUGCUCCUAGUGGGAGAGAGUACGGAAGAGUACUAUGGGGUCUCGCAGGAUAUCUGUUCUACCCCUUUGGUAAGUUUGUCCGCCUGGAAAAGGACGAGACCUAUAUGGACGAGGACCAAGAUGAAGGACGCAGCAUUUCUGAAUACGAGCAAUGGCAAAGCGGAGACCUAGAAUACGGCCGAUUGUUCUUUGGACCUGAUCGCAAUCGCUCAAUUGUCGGACGUUCGAGAAGAAGUAUUGAUUCUGAGCCCAGCGAGACAGAGAGCUUGCUUGGACGUGGCCGACGUGGUGAAUCCUCUGAGCUUCCUCCCCGAGUCAAGAGACGACUUUUUGGACGUGGCCAGUGGAAUAUUGGUCGUGUCAUCUUUUUCAUCUUCUUCUACUGUCUCAUCUCGCCUUCGCUUCUCCUUGUAUCCGGUAUUUGUUGGUUCUUGGUUUUCUGGAUCCCCAUGGGCAAGGCUACAUUCUUGCUGUUUGACCACCUCCGACGUCAUCCCCUGGCUUUGUCUUUUGAGACCGAUAUUAGAUAUAUCCGUGAAGAUGAUGGCCCGAGCUCUUCAGUCCUCCUCUGCACAUACCGUGCUGUAGGAACUCGAUACUGGAAGUAUACUGUUGAUGGUACCAAUAUCUUCCUCAUCAACCUCAUGGUUGUCGUCGUCUUUGUUAUCGCGGAUUGGAUUGUCCUUGAGGGCAUCUUCCAUGUUGAAGGAUUCAUUACAUCUCCAGCCUUCCUCUUCUGUGCUGGACUCCUGUCUAUCAUCCCUCUGGCUUACUUCAUCGGACAAGCUGUUGCAUCGAUCUCGGCUCAGUCUUCGAUGGGUGUGGGUGCCGCCAUCAACGCUUUUUUCGCAACUGUUGUUGAAGUCUUCCUCUACUGUGUUGCUCUUACUCAAGGCAAGGGACAACUCGUUGAGGGAAGUAUUGUGGGAAGCAUUUUCGCAGGUAUCCUGUUCUUGCCGGGCAUUUCCAUGUGCUUCGGUGCUAUUAAGCGAAAGACACAGCGCUUCAACGCCAGGUCUGCCGGUGUGACAUCAACCAUGUUGCUGUUCGCUAUCGUUGGCGCCUUUGGUCCUACUCUGUUCUACCAAAUCUACGGCACCCAUGAGCUCAACUGCAUGGACUGCGAGGACUACAACACCGGCGAAAAUAGAGACUGUCGUCGCUGCUACUUCAGCCAAGCUCCUUCACUCAGUGACAGGUUCUACUUGGAGGCUGUUCGACCUUACUGUUACAUGGCAGCAGCCAUGUUGUUCUUCUCAUACUUGAUUGGUCUAUGGUUCACUCUUCGAACUCACGCUGCCGUCAUCUGGAACGCAGAGGUCGAGGAGAAGCGACAUGAAGAACAUAUGCAUUCAUCCAGCCUUCGCACUUCUCAAGUUCACAGCCAUCCUCAUACUCACUCUCAAAACACCGCCGAGACCAGUAGUGCUGAUGUUCGCGAUACUCAACUUUACAAGCGUAUUCUGGGACAGUCUCUUAAGCAGUCUGGCUAUACAGAAGACCUUUCUCGUCAGAGCUCUAUAACCGGACAGACCGCCCCUGCCAAUGGCUCAGCUUCGACACCCCAUGUUGUGCCUCCUAAAUCCAGCGGCGGUGACCAAUCUCGCUCUGCUCUUCAUGUCCCUGGCCUGAGCGAUGCCGACAACAAGAUUCUCCAACGCGAGGUGACUGAGAUUGCUGCCGCGGCUGCGACAAUUGCCUCCCGCGAACGCAUGUCACGAAAGCCAUCAACUGUACCCCCCACUCAUGCUCCCGGCGCUCGUCCUUCUGCGAGCCGUCAACACACCCACACGCAUGCCGAGACUGAGGGCCCUGCUACUGAAGCUCACCAAGCACAUGGCGGUCACGACGCGCCCAACUGGAGUCGUGCCAAGAGUUCCAUCAUCCUUCUUGGAGCAACUGUUCUGUAUGCAAUUAUCGCUGAAAUUUUGGUUGAUACUGUGGAUGUUGUUUUGGAAAGCUUCUCGAUUGAUCAAAAGUUCCUUGGUAUCACCUUGUUUGCCCUUGUUCCCAACACUACUGAGUUUUUGAACGCCAUCUCCUUCGCUAUGAACGGAAACAUUGCACUCUCUAUGGAGAUUGGUUCGGCUUACGCUCUGCAAGUGUGUCUGCUCCAAAUCCCUGCGCUCGUCUUCUACUCGGCCUUCUGGCCAGGUGUCCCAGAGGGUGGUGACCCGGCGCUGUAUACUUUCUCGCUUCUCUUCCCCCAGUGGGAUCUUGUCACUGUCAUUCUGUGCGUAUUCUUGCUGAGCUACAUGUACGGUGAGGGAAAGAGUAACUACUUCAAGGGCAGCAUUCUUAUGUUGACCUACUUGGUUGUCGUCAUUGGCUAUUACUUCAGUGGAUUUACGGAUGAUGCUAUGGGCAUGGAGCGAUUCGACGUCAUGGGAGCUGAUGGUAAAUACCAGAGCUACAAGACAAUUGGUAGAUCGACGAAGGGUAUGGCAUUCCCAGCAUGAGUUGCUCGUUGGUGAGAAAGGGGUUGAGUAGUUGCAUGGGGAGAAUGUGCAUUUACAUGGACUGUUAAUACUGGACGAACACACACUACAUCAUACACAUAGUACAUCCGAUGAGCCCUUGAUUUGAGGGCUUGCAUUGUUUGGUGUUUUACACUUUCAAGAAGGUUGAUUGUUUUUGGCGCGUCAUUGAGUUAUGAGCAUUGGGAAUAUGAUGGAUUUUAUUAUGGACUCGUCAUUGUAAGGUGUUAACAUCUGGAUGUAGUCUUUCCUCACUAUUGCCAUUCUAUCACAAUAACUUUCAGCUCAGGGUACAGCGUGAUCAAGUCAAGAUAUGUUACUGAUAUUGACAGAGGCCUAAUAUGUAUGGCCAGAUAAGAUAUGCAAAGAUACUAUGUACAAAGAA